GCCUUCUCAUCUUCGCUUUCUUUUCUCCUUUGUCCUCACCGACGGCCAGGCCAUGUCUCACUCACACUCUUCCAACUCUUCCAACAACAUCGUCGGUACGCACUACCGCGUUGGGAAGAAAAUCGGAGAGGGUUCCUUUGGUGUCAUCUUUGAAGGCACGAAUUUGCUCAACUCCCAGACCGUUGCUAUCAAAUUUGAACCGAGGAAAGCUGAGGCACCGCAACUACGGGACGAAUGUCGUUCAUAUCGUAUAUUGGCCGGAUGCCCGGGGAUACCCCAAAUAUACCAUUUCGGGCAGGAGGGGCUCCAUAAUAUUCUCGUUAUUGACCUGUUAGGUCCGAGUCUUGAAGAUCUUUUCGACAUGUGCGGGCGCAAAUUCUCCAUCAAGACUGUUUGCAUGGCCGCACGGCAGAUGAUCACGCGCGUACAGACGAUACACGAUAAGAAUCUCAUCUACCGAGACAUCAAGCCAGACAAUUUCUUAAUAGGUCGGCCAGGAACCAAGAAUGCGAACGUGAUCCAUGUAGUUGACUUCGGUAUGGCUAAGCAAUACCGAGAUCCCAAGACUAAGCAGCACAUUCCCUACCGGGAGCGCAAGUCGCUCAGCGGUACGGCACGUUACAUGAGUAUCAACACGCAUCUUGGACGAGAACAAUCACGUCGUGACGAUCUUGAAUCACUAGGACAUGUCUUCAUGUACUUUCUACGAGGCAGCCUUCCAUGGCAGGGCCUUAAAGCUGCGACUAACAAGCAGAAGUACGAGAAGAUCGGUGAGAAGAAACAAACUACCCCGAUCAAAGAGCUAUGCGAAGGCUUCCCGGAGGAGUUCGGGAUCUAUCUCAACUACGUUCGCAAACUUGGUUUUGAAGAGACGCCUGAUUAUGACUUUUUACGGGAGUUGUUUGCCAAGAUCUUGAAGAACAAUGGCGAUGUUGAAGACAGUGUAUAUGACUGGAACUCACUGAAUGGUGGCAAAGGCUGGGAGGCCUCAGUUGGACAAAAUCAAAUAUUGGCGCAGAUCCAGAAUACGCCAUCCACCCCAACGCCUGACCGCAGGAAAGACACCAACCGAGACGAUCGACGACGUGCCUCGCAGGCGGCGGCUGGGCCAGGUGUCCUACCACCUUCUCCUGCUAUGGUUCGCCAAGGUUCGCGACAACAACAAUCUCGCCAAGUACCCCAAGCUCUUCUUCCUGGUAGCGGUAAUGCGCCGGGACAGGUAACGCCUCUGUCAGCCGCCGCACAUGUCGAUGUACCGGUAGGAUCAUCGAACCGCCGGACGAGUCAACCAGGGACACCUCAGCACCCGUAUGCCAACGCAGGCUACGAUUCGUAUGGUCGAGGCGAGAAUACCGUGGAAGAAUAUUCGGCGACCCAGCAGCAGUACGGCCGUGCCUCGCCCAUGGUCUCCAGCGUUGGUGCCGCGCCGCCCGCAGUGUCCAACGUUCGUGCGAUGGGUGGCGAGCAUGGCAUCGCCAACGGCGGCGACUUUCAUGGUCAGACGACUGAAGAGCGGCCAAAGAACACUCUGUGGCAGAUCCUGACAUGUAGAUGUGGCUGAGCCUAAGUUUGCUGUCCUCUCGCAAAUGACGCUCCUUUCUGUUUUCUCAUCAUGGAUUUUUGGUACGGCUACAACCUGGGUCAUACGUCCACUUUCUUUCUUACACUCGGAUACCUCUGCAUUGUUUCAUCAUUCUACAUGCUGAUUUGCUGUCGCCCUCCCCAUCCUGGAUCCGCACCGUACUAACCCUCUACCUUCUUUACGAUCGC